CCAGGUCAGAGCGACACAGGGCACAGAAACCUACUGCAUACACCACCUCGCUGUGUUUACAUUGCUGAAGAAUUGGCAACACACACACACACACAAACAGGAACACUUAAUAAUCUUCAAAAUAACCAAAAAAAAGACUGACCCUUCAUGUGUCAGGCGUCUUUGAUGUGCUUGUUUCAUUGUAUCAAAAUUACAAAGCAAUCGACAGAGGGAUCAGACAGAUGGAGAGAGAGAAAGAGAGCGUGAGCAAUUACUGAUUCAAGAGAGGAAGAGACCCCAAGGAGAACCUGACGAGAGAGAGAGAGAGAGAGAGAGAGAUUGGAUCUCCAGCUGAGACAAUCCGCGCUUGAGGACUGAACACUGGAUCAACUUCAGAGUCCUUGAGUCUUUCCGUCAGGAACCGACACUAGCUAAUGACCAGCAUGUUGAGGCGAAGCGUUGGCGGUCGGUCCACCCGCUCCAUCUGUCUGGUUCUGGCAUGUCUGUCCCUGGCGCUGCACAUCCUCCUGGCCAUCUUCUGUCUCUCCGUCCUGCAGACGGCCUGUGUCCCACCUCACUCUUCUUCCUCAUCUCCCCUCCAUGAUCCUGGAAGUACUUCCCGCCAAACAAAAUCAUCUGUCAUCAUCUCCAACGUAAUCUUUGCCAAUAAUGCCACUGAGUGGGAAAAGGAACCAACCGGAGAUAAAAUGUCCACUAAGGGUAUGAGGGAGGUAGAUCCGGGAGGUUCAAAGUUAGAGGCUUUGUUCAGCCACCCGUUGUACAACCUGCAACGGCCUGAAAUGCAAGAAGAUGAUUGGUUGCUGCGAGUCAAGAACAGCGAAGAUGAAGAAGAAGAGAGGGACACAGGAGGUGAGGAGGAGGAAGACAGCUACUGGCAGAGCGGUAGUGAGGAGGACGGCUACGACAAAGCUAACUGGACGGUGGCGGCUGAAACCCACCCUCCCUGGCUGCGCUUCCACCUGGGAAUCUCCCGCUGGGAGCUUUACCACAGGACCGAUCCCCUGCUGGACCAAAUCACCCAUUACAUUUCCACACAGCGUAUCCUCAAUGUUGUGCAGAAAAGAGGGGGUACCCAGCUCAAACUACUCAUGUCGUUUCCCAAUCACGGAGAGGCUCUGCUCAAACCAAUGAGACAGACCAGAGACGCGGAAACAGAUGUUAAUCUGUUCUACUUCUCAGACUUUGAGCGACACAAUGCAGAGAUCUCCGCCUUCCACCUGGACAGGAUCCUAGGUUUCCAACGGAUCCCUCCAGUGGUUGGAAGACUUGUCGACGUCGUCUCGGAAAUCAAAGAUGUCACCACAGACAAAAAGUUGUUGAGGACCUUCUUUACCUCCCCCGUGGGGAACACGUGUUUCUACGGCCAGUGUGAGUACUACUGCUCCACGGAGAACCCGGUGUGCGGCGGUCCGCUUGCGCUGGAGGUGUCUCUUGCCACCAUGCUCCCUGAUCUCACCCUGGCACCCCGCCGGUCCUGGAGGUCACCAUGGAGACGUUCCUAUAGCCGCACCAAACUAGCACAGUGGGAGAAAGACCCGGCCUUCUGUGACGGAGUGAAGCAAACCCCUCCCUACGACGAGGGAACCCGGCUGGUCGACCUCAUGGAUAUGGCUGUGCUGGAUUUCCUCAUGGGCAACAUGGACAGACAUCACUAUGAGACCUUUGAGAAGUUUGGUAACAAGACAUUUAUGCUGCAUCUUGACAACGGACGCGCCUUUGGACGUCACUCUCGAGAUGAACCCAGCAUUCUGGCCCCUCUACGUCAGUGCUGCAGAAUCCGACGUUCCACUCUCCUACGUUUACGCCUCAUGUCCCGGCCGGGAUUCCGUUUGAGUGAUGUCAUGCGUGAGUCGCUGGACCGGGACCCCCUUGCUGUCAUCCAACCCCUUCUCUCAGAAGCACAUCUCUCCGCAUUGGACCGUCGCCUAGCGAUGGUAUUGCAGGUGUUGCACACCUGUCAAGAUCUUCAUGAUGAUGCUGUCUACGACGAUUUAGAGGGACACUAUGAAGAACCAGACUGAAAAAUAAACGACAUGAAAACUUUUGAAACCUGUUUCCAAGCGCUUUUAAUGGGACAGCAGCGCCCAUUUUAGGGUACUUAUGAUUAGGGACAGCAAUGACAUCACACAGAGGAAGCGGUGUUGAGGAGCUCAUUAGCGGUAAAUAGCAACAGCUGAGGCGGCUGGUAGUCUCAGGAAUUGAGACUCUGGGUUGAGAGUCUCUCUCGCGGGUUGAUCACCUGGAGACGAGGUGCCAGUGCAGCAUGUCACAGAGAGAGUUGUUCACCUACGAUGGCUCUGGAUCUGGGGUGAGUAACACGCAACUAACCCCCUACAUAGGCAAGGCAACGCAACUUUAUUUAUUUAGCACUUUUCAUGCACAAGGCAGACUCAAAGUGCUUCACAUAUAAACAUUGUCAUAAAAUAAAAUAAUAGAUAAGUAAAAGAAAACAUAUGCAAAGAAAUGGGUAAAAUAGAAAGUUAAAAAGGCAUUUUAGUAUUAAAAUAGAAAAUAAAGGCAAAGUUAAAAAAGCUUUUUAGAAAGUGCAAUGUAUUUAAGAUUUCGCAGAAAGCUAAAGCAAACAUAAAAGUCUUCAGUCUUGUUUUAAAGGUGCUCAGAGUUGGGGCAAGUCUUAAAUCCUCUGGGAGUUUAUUCCAGCUAUUUGUUGCAUAAUAACUAAAUCCUGCUUUCCCAUGUUUCGUGUUUACUCUGGGGAUAAUUAACAGAUUGGUCUCAGAGGAUCUUAGUGGU